GGGAUUUUGAACGGAUCAUCAGUUACUUUGAUGUUGUACGAAGAAGGAACCGACGAAAUACCGCAUCGUUCCACGUCCUCACCAAGAAAAGAGACCAAUAUCGCCCAUUUCAGCUUCCAAAACUCUCGAAUUUCAACGAAAGAACGGACGAGGGAAGCGAAAUGUAGGGAGCGAUGCAAGAACGGUCCUUGGCAGAAACGCACGGAGGAGUACACGGUUCCGUGUUACAGCAUUGAUAUGAAAUCGACGUUGAUCGAGGUUGGAAGCAGCGAGAAGUACGAUCCGACUCAACGAUACGUUGAAACCGCCACUAGAAGCAAACAAAAUGCCGUUGCUUCUGACAUUUGGACGGAGGCGCAGGAAGACAGAAGCGACGAACAAAAAGCGCCGGAUCAGUCAUACAGAUCGAAAGAGAUGCGAGACAAAUCACAAGAGAGGAAAGAGAAAAGGACCGAGAGGUCGAAUGUUACGCCAUCGAAAGAAGUACGGCACGGCCAAAACGCGGAGACGAUGUGUGAAGACACGUCAAGGCCCCGAGAAACGUUCAAUAGCGAGAAUACCGGAAACACGAAACACAUCACCGCGGAUUUCACGUCGAACGUAGACCUGAACUCGGAGUUACCGUCCGGAAGCACGACGAGUCAUAAACCACGAACGAAAAUGGUCACCGAGAAAAUCAUUUACCGCGUCCAAAAGUCCCCAGCGAGAGUUUCCAAGAGCAGAAGCAGAGACUGACAUGUUCGCUCAGAGCAUUUUUCAAGGAUACCUUUCGCACAUAGAAAAAAGUGCCAGAUUCAAAUAAACAACCACCUCAAUACUCUCCUUAACAAAUUUUGCACAUGGACAAGCAAAUUUACUUUAAUUAAGUAAAUUUUACUUAGACCAAGUAAACACUACUCGAAUGUAGAAAAAAGUACUAUAUUCGAGCAAUGUCUACCUAAUCCAAGCCAAAAU